UCCGCGGCCGCAGAGCCGCAGAGCUGAGCCGCUCGCGCGCCGGAUCCGGACCAGCGACUGAAGGCGCCGGGCCGCCGGCCGCCCCGCCCGGCCGCCGCGAUGUGCGACUGCUUCCACGUGGUGCUGCCCGCCUGGCCCGGAGCCCCCGGCAGCGUGUCUGGACGGCAGCUGCAGGCCGAGGAUCCGGACGCGGACACCGAGGAGGACCGCUCUGUGACUGAAGGGCCCGGGGAGGAGACCAUCCGGCCCCGGCCACAGGGCUCCUCGCCUGUCUACGAGUGCGCGACUGAAGGCAGCGGCUUCGGACGCCGGGAAGACACGCAGAGCAGGCCAGGCUCCUCCGGGCGACGGAGGUCCUGGUGGAAGCGGGAUUCCGGGGACUCACGGACGUUUUCCAGGAUGAGCCGUUCGGAGGAGGCGACCGAGGUGACCCUGAAGACCGAGGUGGAGGCCGGCGCCAGCGGCUACAGCGUCACGGGCGGCGGGGACCAGGGCAUCUUUGUCAAGCAAGUGCUGAAGGGCUCCUCGGCUGCCAAGCUCUUCAGCCUGAGAGAAGGGGAUCAGCUGCUCAGCGCAACCGUCUUCUUUGACCACAUUAACUAUGAGGAUGCUCUCAAAAUCCUCCAGUACUCAGAGCCGUACAAGGUCCAGUUCAAGAUCAAACGGAAGCUCCCAGCCGCAGGGGCCGAGGACUGGGCCUCCAGCACCGCUCAGCACACCCCAAAGCACAUGGGGACCCAGGACGAAGAUGUCGCCGAGGGGGGCACAGACACGCCCGUGAAGACGCUGGAGAGAGACGGGGACCAAGAGCGGCUCAUCGCCAAGUCCAGGGGAGGCCGCGGCCGGCGGGCCCAGCGGGAGAGGCUGUCCUGGCCCAAAUUCCAAGCCACAAGGAGCCAGCGAGGGCCCCGGAGGUCGCACAGCUCCUCCGAGGCCUACGAGGGGGGCCAGGCCCCCGACGGGUCCCCCACGAGCUCGGACACGGAGGCCCAGUUCCUGGCGGAGGAGCGGGAGCGGAUGGCAGGGGCCGGCAGCCAGCGGAGAAGGAGGUUCCUGAACCUGAGGUUCAAGACGGACCCGGAGGACGCGGACGGGAAAGAGCGCAGAGCCCUGAGGCAGCCCGCAAGGACCGCAGCAGAGAGGGGCCGGGGGGCAAAGCCGGAGGGCAGCCCCGGCCUCGGGGACAAGGAGGUGGUCGCCCACGACAGCAAGUUCAAGAUGCCCAAGUUCAGGAUGCCUUCCUUCUGCACCUCAGGGGCAGCCACGGAGGCCUCGGGGGACGUGUCCCUGCCCUCCAUCCAGGCUGACCUCAAGACCAGUGACCUCAGUAUUGACUUGCCUUCUGCCGACGUGGACAUCAAGACAGGCGAGCUGGGAGUGAAGCUCCCGGAGGGUCACCUGCCUGAGGGAGAGCUCGAGGGACCCGCCUCUGGAGUUGGACUCAGAGGGCACCUGCCUGGGGUUCAGAUGCCCAGCAUGAAGAUGCCCAAAGUAGACUUCAAGGGCCCCCAGGUGGACAUCAAGGGGCCCAAACUCGACCUGAAAGGCGCCAAAGGGGAGGUGACCGUCCCCGACAUGGAGGUGUCGCUGCCCGGUGUGGAGGCGAGCAUCCAGGCUCCAGGCCCAGUGGUGGAGGGAGACAUUGUCCUGAGGGACAAGGAGGUGGCCACCUGGGAUGGGAAGUUCAAGAUACCCAAGUUCAAGAUGCCAUCCUUCGGGGUAUCGAGGCCAGAGACAAAUUGGGGGACGUCCGUGGACAUGCCCGAGACCAAGUCGACAGGGGAGGCGAGACUUCCCUCCCUGGAAGGUGAGAUGCACGUCCGAGGGGGUAGCCUCCACGUGCCAUCUGCUGACCUCGAGCUCCCUGGGGGAGAGUUGCAGGUGGCCGUCCCCGAGGGAGAGGUGACCCUGGGAGAGAUGAAGGGCAAAGCAGGAGGAGCCAGGUUCAAAGGCCACCUGCCCCAGGUGCAGAUGCCCAGCAUGAAGAUGCCCCAAGUCGACUUCCAGGGCCCCCAGGUGGACAUCAAGGGGCCCAAACUGGACCUGAAGGGCGCCAAAGGGGAGGUGACCGUCGCUGACAUGGAGGUGUCACUGCCCAGCGUGGAGGACAUUCAGGCACCAGCACCCACACUUGAGGGUGACAUCAUCCUGGGGGAUAAAGAAGUGACCGCCAAGGAGAGCAAAUUCAAGAUGCCCAAGUUCAAAAUGCCUUCGUUCGCCACAUCUGCACCGAGCAAGGACUGGGGAACAUCCGUGGACAUGCCACUGCCCAAGGCCACAGGGAAGAUGACCCUGCCUUCCUUCCCAGGUGAGACUGGAGUCGCAGAGGGCAGCGUCCAACUGUCAUCUGCUGAUCUCCAGCUCCCUGGGGGAGAGAUGGAGGUGGCCCUCCCUGAUGGAGAGGUGACCCUGGGAGACAUGAAGGGCAAAGCAGAAGGAGCCAGGUUCAAAGGCCACAUGCCCAAGGUGCAGAUGCCCAGCAUGAAGAUGCCCAAAGUCGACUUCCAGGGCCCCCAGGUGGACAUUAAGGGGCCCAAAGUUGACCUGAAGGACGCCAAAGCAGAGAGGACAGCCCGGGACAUGGAGGUGUCACUUCCCAGCGUGGAGAUGGGACUCCAGGCAGGAGAGGACCAGCUGCAAGGUGAUAUCGUCCUAGGGGGCAAGCAUGUGGCCACCAAGGACAGCAAGUUCAAGAUGCCCAAGUUCAAGAUGCCUUCCUUUGGUACGUCUGGGCCAGGCAAGUCCAUUGAGGCCUCAGUAGACGUGACCAUGCCCUCCAUCCAGACUGACAUCAAGACCAGUGACCUCAGUAUUGACUUGCCUUCUGCCGACAUGGACAUCAAGUCAGGCGAGCUGGGAGUGAAGCUACCGGAGGGUCACCUGCCUGAGGGAGAGCUCAAGGGACGCGCCUCUGGAGUUGGACUCAGAGGGCACCUGCCUGGGGUUCACCUGCCCAGCAUGAAGAUGCCCAAAGUAGACUUCAAGGGCCCCCAGGUGGACAUCAAGGGGCCCAAAGUUGACCUGAAAGACGCCAAAGGUAAAGUGACCGUCCCCGAGGGAGAAGUGAAGCUUGGAGAAGUGAAGGGCAAAGCAGAAGGGGCCACGUUUAAGGGCCACAUGCCCCAGGUGCAGAUGCCCAGCAUGAAGAUGCCCAAAGUAGACUUCAAGGGCCCCCAGGUGGACAUCAAGGGGCCCAAACUCGACCUGAAGGGCGCCAAAGGGGAGGUAAUUGUCCCUGAGGGAGAAGUGAAGCUUGGAGAAGUGAAGGGCAAAGCAGAAGGGGCCACGUUUAAGGGCCACAUGCCCCAGGUGCAGAUGCCCAGCAUGAAGAUGCCCAAAGUAGACUUCAAGGGCCCCCAGGUGGACAUCAAGGGGCCCAAACUUGACCUGAAGGACGCCAAAGGGAAGGUGACCGUCCCCGACAUGGAGGUGUCGCUGCCCAGUGUGGACGUGGACAUUCAGGCUCCGGGCGCCAAGGUGGAGGGAGACAUCGUUGUGGGGGACACAGAGGUGGCCACAAAAGACAGCAAGUUCAAGAUGCCCAAGUUUAAGAUGCCUUCCUUCGGUACGUCUGGGCUAGGCAAGUCCAUUGAGGCCUCAGUAGACGUGACCCUGCCAAAGGCUGAGGCAGACGUGUCCCUACCCUCCAUCCAGACUGACAUCAAGACCAGUGACCUCAGUAUUGACUUGCCUUCUGCCGACGUGGACAUCAAGACAGGCGAGCUGGGAGUGAAGCUACCGGAGGGUCACCUGCCUGAGGGAGAGCUCGAGGGACGCGCCUCUGGAGUUGGACUCAGAGGGCACCUGCCUGGGGUUCACCUGCCCAGCAUGAAGAUGCCGAAGGUAGACUUCAAGGGCCCCAAGGUGGACAUCAAGGGGCCCAAAGUUGACCUGAAAGACGCCAAAGGUAAGGUGACCGUCCCCGACAUGGAGGUGUCGCUGCCCAGUGUGGACGUGGACAUUCAGGCUCCGGGCGCCAAGCUGGAGGGAGACAUUGUUGUGGGCGACAUAGAGGUGUCCACAAAAGACAGCAAGUUCAAGAUGCCCAAGUUCAAGAUGCCUUCCUUCGGUACAUCUGGGCCAGGCAAGUCCAUUGAGGCCUCAGUAGACGUGACCCUGCCCUCCAUCCAGACUGACAUCAAGACCAGUGACCUCAGUAUUGACUUGCCUUCUGCCGACGUGGACAUCAAGACAGGCGAGCUGGGAGUGAAGCUCCCGGAGGGUCACCUGCCUGAGGGAGAGCUCGAGGGACCCGCCUCUGGAGUUGGACUCAAAGGGCACCUGCCUGGGGUUCACCUGCCCAGCAUGAAGAUGCCUAAAGUAGACUUCAAGGGCCCCCAGGUGGACAUCAAGGGGCCCAAACUCGACCUGAAGGGCGCCAAAGCGGAGGUGACCGUCCCCGAGGGAGAAGUGAAGCUUGGAGAAGUGAAGGGCAAAGCAGAAGGGGCCACAUUCAAGGGCCACAUGCCCCAGGUGCAGAUGCCCAGCAUGAAGAUGCCCAAAGUAGACUUCAAGGGCCCCCAGGUGGACAUCAAGGGGCCCAAACUCGACCUGCAGGGCGCCAAAGCGGAGGUGACCGUCCCCGACAUGGAGGUGUCGCUGCCCAGUGUGGACGUGGACAUUCAGGCUCCGGGUGCCAAGCUGGAGGGAGACAUCGUUGUGGGGGACACAGAGGUGGCCACAAAAGACAGCAAGUUCAAGAUGCCCAAGUUCAAGAUGCCUUCCUUCGGUACGUCUGGGCCAGGCAAGUCCAUUGAGGCCUCAGUGGACGUGUCCUUGCCCUCCAUCCAGACUGACAUCAAGACCAGUGACCUCAGUAUUGACUUGCCUUCUGCCGACAUGGACAUCAAGACAGGCGAGCUGGGAGUGAAGCUACCGGAGGGUCACCUGCCUGAGGGAGAGCUCGAGGGACCCGCCUCUGGAGUUGGACUCAGAGGGCACCUGCCUGGGGUUCACCUGCCCAGCAUGAAGAUGCCUAAAGUAGACUUCAAGGGCCCCAAGGUGGACAUCAAGGGGCCCAAACUCGACCUGAAGGGCGCCAAAGCGGAGGUGACCGUCCCCGAGGGAGAAGUGAAGCUUGGAGAAGUGAAGGGCAAAGCAGAAGGGGACACGUUUAAGGGCCACAUGCCCCAGGUGCAGAUGCCCAGCAUGAAGAUGCCCAAAGUAGACUUCAAGGGCCCCCAGGUCGACAUCAAGGGGCCCAAACUCGACCUGAAGGGCGCCAAAGGGAAGGUGACCGUCCCCGACAUGGAGGUGUCGCUGCCCAGUGUGGAGGUGGACAUUCAGGCUCCGGGCGCCAAGCUGGAGGGAGACAUCGUUGUGGGGGACACAGAGGUGGCCACAAAAGACAGCAAGUUCAAGAUGCCCAAGUUUAAGAUGCCUUCCUUCGGUACUUCUGGGCCAGGCAAGUCCAUUGAGGCCUCAGUGGACGUGACCCUGCCAAAGGCUGAGGCAGACGUGUCCCUACCCUCCAUCCAGACUGACAUCAAGACCAGUGACCUCAGUAUUGACUUGCCUUCUGCCGACGUGGACAUCAAGACAGGCGAGCUGGGAGUGAAGCUACCGGAGGGUCACCUGCCUGAGGGAGAGCUCGAAGGACGCGCCUCUGGAGUUGGACUCAAAGGGCACCUGCCUGGGGUUCACCUGCCCAGCAUGAAGAUGCCGAAGGUAGACUUCAAGGGCCCCCAGGUGGACAUCAAGGGGCCCAAACUCGACCUGAAGGGCGCCAAAGGGGAGGUGACCGUCCCCGAGGGAGAAGUGAAGCUUGGAGAAGUGAAGGGCAAAGCAGAAGGGGCCACAUUCAAGGGCCACAUGCCCCAGGUGCAGAUGCCCAGCAUGAAGAUGCCCAAAGUAGACUUCAAGGGCCCCAAGGUGGACAUCAAGGGGCCCAAAGUUGACCUGAAGGACGCCAAAGGGAAGGUGACCGUCCCCGAGGGAGAAGUGAAGCUUGGAGAAGUGAAGGGCAAAGCAGAAGGAGCCAGGUUCAAAGGCCACAUGCCCCAGGUGCAGAUGCCCAGCAUGAAGAUGCCCAAAGUCGACUUCAAGGGCCCCCAGGUGGACAUCAAGGGGCCCAAACUCGACCUGAAGGGCGCCAAAGGGAAGGUGACCGUCCCCGACAUGGAGGUGUCGCUGCCCAGUGUGGACGUGGACAUUCAGGCUCCGGGUGCCAAGCUGGAGGGAGACAUUGUUGUGGGCGACAUAGAGGUGUCCACAAAAGACAGCAAGUUCAAGAUGCCCAAGUUCAAGAUGCCUUCCUUCGGUACGUCUGGGCCAGGCAAGUCCAUUGAGGCCUCAGUGGACGUGACCCUGCCCUCCAUCCAGACUGACAUCAAGACCAGUGACCUCAGUAUUGACUUGCCUUCUGCCGACGUGGACAUCAAGACAGGCGAGCUGGGAGUGAAGCUCCCGGAGGGUCACCUGCCUGAGGGAGAGCUCGAGGGACCCUCCUCUGGAGUUGGACUCAGAGGGCACCUGCCUGGGGUUCACCUGCCCAGCAUGAAGAUGCCUAAAGUAGACUUCAAGGGCCCCAAGGUGGACAUCAAGGGGCCCAAACUCGACCGUAAGGACGCCAAAGGGAAGGUGACCGUCCCCGACAUGCAGGUGUCUCUGCCCAGUGUGGAGGUGGACAUUCAGGCUCCGGGUGCCAAGCUGGAGGGAGACAUCGUUGUGGGGGACACAGAGGUGGCCACAAAAGACAGCAAGUUCAAGAUGCCCAAGUUUAAGAUGCCUUCCUUCGGUACGUCUGGGCCAGGCAAGUCCAUUGAGGCCUCAGUGGACGUGACCCUGCCAAAGGCUGAGGCAGACGUGUCCCUACCCUCCAUCCAGACUGACAUCAAGACCAGUGACCUCAGUAUUGACUUGCCUUCUGCCGACGUGGACAUCAAGACAGGCGAGCUGGGAGUGAAGCUACCGGAGGGUCACCUGCCUGAGGGAGAGCUUGAGGGACGCGCCUCUGGAGUUGGACUAAAAGGGCACCUGCCUGGGGUUCACCUGCCCAGCAUGAAGAUGCCGAAGGUAGACUUCAAGGGCCCCCAGGUGGACAUCAAGGGGCCCAAAGUUGACCUGAAAGACGCCAAAGGGGAGGUGACCGUCCCCGACAUGGAGGUGUCGCUGCCCAGUGUGGAGGUGGACAUUCAGGCUCCGGGCGCCAAGCUGGAGGGAGACAUUGUUGUGGGGGACAUAGAGGUGGCCACAAAAGACAGCAAGUUCAAGAUGCCCAAGUUCAAGAUGCCUUCCUUCGGUACGUCUGGGCCAGGCAAGUCCAUUGAGGCCUCAGUGAAUGUGUCCUUGCCCUCCAUCCAGACUGACAUCAAGACCAGUGACCCUGGUAUUGACUUGCCUUCUGCCGACGUGGACAUCAAGACAGGCGAGCUGGGAGUGAAGCUACCGGAGGGUCAUCUGCCUGAGGGAGAGCUCGAAGGACGCGCCUCUGGAGUUGGACUCAGAGGGCACCUGCCUGGGGUUCACCUGCCCAGCAUGAAGAUGCCCAAAGUAGACUUCAAGGGCCCCCAGGUGGACAUCAAGGGGCCCAAACUCGACCUGAAGGGCGCCAAAGCGGAGGUGACCGUCCCCGAGGGAGAAGUGAAGCUUGGAGAAGUGAAGGGCAAAGCAGAAGGGGCCACAUUCAAGGGCCACAUGCCCCAGGUGCAGAUGCCCAGCAUGAAGAUGCCCAAAGUAGACUUCAAGGGCCCCAAGGUGGACAUCAAGGGGCCCAAAGUUGACCUGAAGGACGCCAAAGGGAAGGUGACCGUCCCCGACAUGGAGGUGUCGCUGCCCAGUGUGGAGGUGGACAUUCAGGCUCCGGGCGCCAAGGUGGAGGGAGACAUUGUUGUGGGGGACACAGAGGUGGCCACAAAAGACAGCAAGUUCAAGAUGCCCAAGUUCAAGAUGCCUUCCUUCGGUACGUCUGGGCCAGGCAAGUCCAUUGAGGCCUCAGUGGACGUGACCCUGCCAAAGGCUGAGGCAGACGUGUCCCUACCCUCCAUUCAGACUGACAUCAAGACCAGUGACCUCAGUAUUGACUUGCCUUCUGCCGACGUGGACAUCAAGACCGGCGAGCUGGGAGUGAAGCUACCGGAGGGUCACCUGCCUGAGGGAGAGCUCGAGGGACGCGCCUCUGGAGUUGGACUCAAAGGGCACCUGCCUGGGGUUCACCUGCCCAGCAUGAAGAUGCCUAAAGUAGACUUCAAGGGCCCCAAGGUGGACAUCAAGGGGCCCAAACUCGACCUGAAGGGCGCCAAAGGGGAGGUGACCGUCCCCGAGGGAGAAGUGAAGCUUGGAGAAGUGAAGGGCAAAGCAGAAGGGGCCACAUUCAAGGGCCACAUGCCCCAGGUGCAGAUGCCCAGCAUGAAGAUGCCCAAAGUAGACUUCAAGGGCCCCAAGGUGGACAUCAAGGGGCCCAAAGUUGACCUGAAGGACGCCAAAGGGAAGGUGACCGUCCCCGACAUGGAGGUGUCGCUGCCCAGUGUGGACGUGGACAUUCAGGCUCCGGGUGCCAAGCUGGAGGGAGACAUCGUUGUGGGGGACACAGAGGUGGCCACAAAAGACAGCAAGUUCAAGAUGCCCAAGUUCAAGAUGCCUUCCUUCGGUACAUCUGGGCCAGGCAAGUCCAUUGAGGCCUCAGUGGACGUGUCCUUGCCCUCCAUCCAGACUGACAUCAAGACCAGUGACCCCAGUAUUGACUUGCCUUCUGCCGACGUGGACAUCAAGACAGGCGAGCUGGGAGUGAAGCUACCGGAGGGUCACCUGCCUGAGGGAGAGCUCGAGGGACCCGCCUCUGGAGUUGGACUCAGAGGGCACCUGCCUGGGGUUCACCUGCCCAGCAUGAAGAUGCCCAAAGUAGACUUCAAGGGCCCCCAGGUCGACAUCAAGGGGCCCAAACUUGACCUGAAGGACGCCAAAGCGGAGGUGACCGUCCCCGACAUGGAGGUGUCGCUGCCCAGUGUGGACGUGGACAUUCAGGCUCCAGGAGCCAAGGUGGAGGGAGACAUUGUUGUGGGGGUCACAGAGGUGGCCACAAAAGACAGCAAGUUCAAGAUGCCCAAGUUCAAGAUGCCUUCCUUCGGUACGUCUGGGCCAGGCAAGUCCAUUGAGGCCUCAGUGGAUGUGUCCUUGCCCUCCAUCCAGACUGACAUCAAGACCAGUGACCUCAGUAUUGACUUGCCUUCUGCCGACGUGGACAUCAAGACAGGCGAGCUGGGAGUGAAGCUACCGGAGGGUCACCUGCCUGAGGGAGAGCUCGAGGGACGCGCCUCUGGAGUUGGACUCAGAGGGCACCUGCCUGGGGUUCACCUGCCCAGCAUGAAGAUGCCGAAGGUAGACUUCAAGGGCCCCCAGGUGGACAUCAAGGGGCCCAAACUCGACCUGAAAGACGCCAAAGGGGAGGUGACCGUCCCCGACAUGGAGGUGUCGCUGCCCAGUGUGGACGUGGACAUUCAGGCUCCGGGUGCCAAGCUGGAGGGAGACAUUGUUGUGGGGGACAUAGAGGUGGCCACAAAAGACAGCAAGUUCAAGAUGCCCAAGUUCAAGAUGCCUUCCUUCGGUACGUCUGGGCCAGGCAAGUCCAUUGAGGCCUCAGUGGACGUGUCCUUGCCCUCCAUCCAGACUGACAUCAAGACCAGUGACCCCGGUAUUGACUUGCCUUCUGCCGACGUGGACAUCAAGACAGGCGAGCUGGGAGUGAAGCUACCGGAGGGUCACCUGCCUGAGGGAGAGCUCGAAGGACGCGCCUCUGGAGUUGGACUCAAAGGGCACCUGCCUGGGGUUCACCUGCCCAGCAUGAAGAUGCCCAAAGUAGACUUCAAGGGCCCCCAGGUGGACAUCAAGGGGCCCAAACUCGACCUGAAGGGCGCCAAAGCGGAGGUGACCGUCCCGGAGGGAGAAGUGAAGCUUGGAGAAGUGAAGGGCAAAGCAGAAGGGGCCACAUUCAAGGGCCACAUGCCCCAGGUGCAGAUGCCCAGCAUGAAGAUGCCCAAGGUAGACUUCAAGGGCCCCAAGGUGGACAUCAAGGGGCCCAAAGUUGACCUGAAGGGCGCCAAAGGGAAGGUGACCGUCCCCGACAUGGAGGUGUCGCUGCCCAGUGUGGACGUGGACAUUCAGGCUCCGGGUGCCAAGCUGGAGGGAGACAUUGUUGUGGGGGACAUAGAGGUGUCCACAAAAGACAGCAAGUUCAAGAUGCCCAAGUUCAAGAUGCCUUCCUUCGGUACAUCUGGGCCAGGCAAGUCCAUUGAGGCCUCAGUAGACGUGACCCUGUCCUCCAUCCAGACUGACAUCAAGACCAGUGACCUCAGUAUUGACUUGCCUUCUGCCGACGUGGACAUCAAGACAGGCGAGCUGGGAGUGAAGCUACCGGAGGGUCACCUGCCUGAGGGAGAGCUCGAGGGACCCUCCUCUGGAGUUGGACUCAGAGGGCACCUGCCUGGGGUUCACCUGCCCAGCAUGAAGAUGCCUAAAGUAGACUUCAAGGGCCCCCAGGUCGACAUCAAGGGGCCCAAACUCGACCUGAAAGACGCCAAAGGUAAGGUGACCGUCCCCGACAUGGAGGUGUCGCUGCCCAGUGUGGACGUGGACAUUCAGGCUCCGGGUGCCAAGCUGGAGGGAGACAUCGUUGUGGGGGACACAGAGGUGGCCACAAAAGACAGCAAGUUCAAGAUGCCCAAGUUCAAGAUGCCUUCCUUCGGUACGUCUGGGCCAGGCAAGUCCAUUGAGGCCUCAGUGGACGUGACCCUGCCAAAGGCUGAGGCAGACGUGUCCCUACCCUCCAUCCAGACUGACAUCAAGACCAGUGACCUCAGUAUUGACUUGCCUUCUGCCGACGUGGACAUCAAGACAGGCGAGCUGGGAGUGAAGCUACCGGAGGGUCACCUGCCUGAGGGAGAGCUCGAGGGACGCGCCUCUGGAGUUGGACUCAAAGGGCACCUGCCUGGGGUUCACCUGCCCAGCAUGAAGAUGCCUAAAGUAGACUUCAAGGGCCCCAAGGUGGACAUCAAGGGGCCCAAACUCGACCUGAAGGACGCCAAAGGGAAGGUGACCGUUCCCGAGGGAGAAGUGAAGCUUGGAGAAGUGAAGGGCAAAGCAGAAGGGGCCACAUUCAAGGGCCACAUGCCCCAGGUGCAGAUGCCCAGCAUGAAGAUGCCUAAAGUAGACUUCAAGGGCCCCCAGGUGGACAUCAAGGGGCCCAAACUGGACCUGAAGGGCGCCAAAGGGGAGGUGACCAUACCCGACAUGGAGGUGUCGCUGCCCAGUGUGGAGGUGGACAUUCAGGCUCCAGGCGCCAAGGUGGAGGGAGACAUCGUUGUGGGGGACACAGAUGUGGCCACAAAAGAUAGCAAGUUCAAGAUGCCCAAGUUCAAGAUGCCUUCCUUCGGUACGUCUGGGCCAGGCAAGUCCAUUGAGGCCUCAGUGGAUGUGUCCUUGCCCUCCAUCCAGACUGACAUCAAGACCAGUGACCUCAGUAUUGACUUGCCUUCUGCCGACGUGGACAUCAAGACAGGCGAGCUGGGAGUGAAGCUACUGGAGGGUCACCUGCCUGAGGGAGAGCUCGAAGGACGCGCCUCUGGAGUUGGACUCAGAGGGCACCUGCCUGGGGUUCACCUGCCCAGCAUGAAGAUGCCGAAGGUAGACUUCAAGGGCCCCCAGGUGGACAUCAAGGGGCCCAAACUCGACCUGCAGGGCGCCAAAGCGGAGGUGACCGUCCCCGACAUGGAGGUGUCGCUGCCCAGUGUGGACGUGGACAUUCAGGCUCCAGGUUCCAAGCUUGAGGGAGACAUUGUCCUGGGGGAUAAGGGAGUGGCCUCCAAAGACAGCAAGUUCAAGAUGCCCAAGUUCAAGAUGCCUUCCUUCGGUACGUCUGGGCCAGGCAAGUCCAUUGAGGCCUCAGUGAAUGUGUCCUUGCCCUCCAUCCAGACUGACAUCAAGACCAGUGACCCCGGUAUUGACUUGCCUUCUGCCGACGUGGACAUCAAGACAGGCGAGCUGGGAGUGAAGCUACCGGAGGGUCACCUGCCUGAGGGAGAGCUCGAAGGACGCGCCUCUGGAGUUGGACUCAAAGGGCACCUGCCUGGGGUUCACCUGCCCAGCAUGAAGAUGCCCAAAGUAGACUUCAAGGGCCCCCAGGUGGACAUCAAGGGGCCCAAACUCGACCUGAAGGGCGCCAAAGCGGAGGUGACCGUCCCCGAGGGAGAAGUGAAGCUUGGAGAAGUGAAGGGCAAAGCAGAAGGGGCCACAUUCAAGGGCCACAUGCCCCAGGUGCAGAUGCCCAGCAUGAAGAUGCCCAAGGUAGACUUCAAGGGCCCCCAGGUGGACAUCAAGGGGCCCAAACUCGACCUGAAGGGCGCCAAAGGGAAGGUGACCGUCCCCGACAUGGAGGUGUCGCUGCCCAGUGUGGACGUGGACAUUCAGGCUCCGGGCGCCAAGCUGGAGGGAGACAUCGUUGUGGGGGACAUAGAGGUGUCCACAAAAGACAGCAAGUUCAAGAUGCCCAAGUUCAAGAUGCCUUCCUUCGGUACGUCUGGGCCAGGCAAGUCCAUUGAGGCCUCAGUGGACGUGACCCUGCCCUCCAUCCAGACUGACAUCAAGACCAGUGACCUCAGUAUUGACUUGCCUUCUGCCGACGUGGACAUCAAGACAGGCGAGCUGGGAGUGAAGCUACCGGAGGGUCACCUGCCUGAGGGAGAGCUCGAGGGACCCUCCUCUGGAGUUGGACUCAGAGGGCACCUGCCUGGGGUUCACCUGCCCAGCAUGAAGAUGCCUAAAGUAGACUUCAAGGGCCCCCAGGUGGACAUCAAGGGGCCCAAACUCGACCUGAAGGACGCCAAAGGGAAGGUGACCGUCCCCGACAUGGAGGUGUCGCUGCCCAGUGUGGAGGUGGACAUUAAGGCUCCGGGUGCCAAGCUGGAGGGAGACAUCGUUGUGGGGGACACAGAGGUGGCCACAAAAGACAGCAAGUUCAAGAUGCCCAAGUUCAAGAUGCCUUCCUUCGGUACGUCUGGGCCAGGCAAGUCCAUUGAGGCCUCAGUGGACGUGACCCUGCCAAAGGCUGAGGCAGACGUGUCCCUACCCUCCAUUCAGACUGACAUCAAGACCAGUGACCUCAGUAUUGACUUGCCUUCUGCCGACGUGGACAUCAAGACAGGCGAGCUGGGAGUGAAGCUACCGGAGGGUCACCUGCCUGAGGGAGAGCUCGAGGGACGCGCCUCUGGAGUUGGACUCAAAGGGCACCUGCCUGGGGUUCACCUGCCCAGCAUGAAGAUGCCUAAAGUAGACUUCAAGGGCCCCAAGGUGGACAUCAAGGGGCCCAAACUCGACCUGAAGGACGCCAAAGGGAAGGUGACCGUCCCCGAGGGAGAAGUGAAGCUUGGAGAAGUGAAGGGCAAAGCAGAAGGGGCCACAUUCAAGGGCCACAUGCCCCAGGUGCAGAUGCCCAGCAUGAAGAUGCCCAAAGUAGACUUCAAGGGUCCCCAGGUGGACAUCAAGGGGCCCAAACUCGACCUGAAGGACGCCAAAGGGAAGGUGACCGUCCCCGACAUGGAGGUGUCGCUGCCCAGUGUGGAGGUGGACAUUCAGGCUCUGGGCGCCAAGGUGGAGGGAGACAUCGUUGUGGGGGACACAGAGGUGGCCACAAAAGACAGCAAGUUCAAGAUGCCCAAGUUCAAGAUGCCUUCCUUCGGUACGUCUGGGCCAGGCAAGUCCAUUGAGGCCUCAGUAGACGUGACCCUGCCCUCCAUCCAGACUGACAUCAAGACCAGUGACCUCAGUAUUGACUUGCCUUCUGCCGACGUGGACAUCAAGACAGGCGAGCUGGGAGUGAAGCUCCCGGAGGGUCACCUGCCUGAGGGAGAGCUCGAGGGACGCACCUCUGGAGUUGGACUCAGAGGGCACCUGCCUGGGGUUCACCUGCCCAGCAUGAAGAUGCCUAAAGUAGACUUCAAGGGCCCCCAGGUGGACAUCAAGGGGCCCAAACUCGACCUGCAGGGCGCCAAAGUGGAGGUGACCGUCCCCGACAUGGAGGUGUCGCUGCCCAGUGUGGAGGUUGAAAUCCAGGCUCCAGGUUCCAAGCUUGAGGGAGACAUUGUCCUGGGGGAUAAGGGAGUGGCCUCCAAAGACAGCAAGUUCAAGAUGCCCAAGUUCAAGAUGCCUUCCUUCGGUGUAUCUCCACCAAGCAAGGAUUGGGGAACAUCGGUGGAUGUGUCCAUGUCCCAAACCACCGGGCCGGCACCCCCGCCCUCCCUGGUUGGUGAGAUUCCAGCCCCAGCGGGCAGCAUCCACCUGCCAUCUGCUGACCUCGAGCUCCCUGGGGGCGAGGUGGCAGUGCCCCUGACGGAGGGAGUGGUGACGCUGGGGGAGCUGAAGGGCAAAGGAGAAGGGGCCAGGUUCAAAGGCCAUCUGCCCAAAAUGCAGAUGCCCAGCAUCAAGGUGCCCAAGGUGGAUAUCAAGGGGCCAAAACUGGACCUUAAAUGCGCCAAAGGGGAGGUGACCCCUCCUGACUCAGAGACGUCGCCUCCCCGUGUGGAGGUGGCUAUCCAGGAGCCCCACGCCAAGGUCGCGGGUGACACUGGCCUGGAGGGCAAGGAGGUGGCUGCCCGAGAGAGCAAGUUCAAGAUGCCCAAGGUCAGCAUGCCGUUCUUCCGACCAUCGUCCAGUAAGACUUACUCCGUGUCAGCUGAUCACUCUGUUUCCAGGGGCGACACGGGUGGGGCCUCGUCGGGAGCAAAAGGUGGAGAGCAGGGCAGCAUGGAGAAACCCCAAUUACCAACACCCCAAGUCUUCUCUCCUCCAGGAAAACCCCCGACGGGCCUGGCCCCGCUGGGUGAGGCCCCUGGGCUUCCUCUACCUGGGAGCUCCUCUGUGGUGGGCGUGGGGGUGACUCUCAGGGAGCCCGGGGCUGCCGUGGCGCCGUCUGUGCAGGCGGCCCUGCCGGGCUGGCCUGGCGUUUCUGCAGCCGGACUUGAUAUCGGUGGCCACCACGCCGAGUCCUCGGCCCUCGGGGUCCGUGAGGGUGUCACACUUACAAAGUGCCAGGCGACUCUCCCCGGAGCCGGCGUCUCCCCAGAGCGGCCUCAGGAAACCCCCUCUGAGUCCAAGGGGGAUGCGCACCUGUUCAGCGCCCCACGCGCUGCCGACCUCCCGACCUGGGAGCCUGUUCCUUCGUCCCAAACUGACAGCCGCCCUGGCCCGGCGGACCCCCCGAUUCACACAUCUUAUGGCCGCGUGACUUUUCCUAAAUUCCAUCGACCAAAGUUCCGGUUUUCAGUCGCAGCGGCAGCCGAGGCCGAGGGAGAGCCCGGCGCCUUGGAGGGCGCCCCCUCCCCUCGCAGCCCCGCACAGGCCCUGGACGUGGAGGAAGCCACAGUGUUCCCGUGGUCGGCCAAUCCCCUGCCACCGGCAGGCGUGUCCGUGUCCCAGGGGACGGAGGAGCCCACAGGCGGUGCUGGGACACCCGCCAUGGCUGCUGAGGGGGAGCCCGCGGGGGACGCGGCCGCGGGAGCCGUGCGGGCCAGCUCGCAGGACAGCUGGUUCAGGGUGCCCUCGCUCCGCCUGCCCAGCUUCUGGCGCUCCUCCAAGGAGCAGGGGGGGGCGGGGGGCCUGGGGGCACCGAGGGAAGGGGAGGCCCCGGCUGCGGCCCAGAGUCCAGGGGUCUGUGCUUCUGGGUCAGAGGCGGAGGCAGCCGUGGCCCUGUCGCCCCCAGAGGCAGAGACGGAGACGGAUGCAGCGGGAGCUCUCCGGGGAGGUCUGCUCAGCCCAGGCCCAGGCUCGGAGCUGCCCCUGCCUCCUGCCAGCACGUCCCCCGAGGAGCCUCCCACUUCCCAGGCCCGGCCGGGUCCAGGCGAAGGGCCCCUUUCCCUGCAGAUGCCUGGAGGGAGACCUGCAGAAACCCAAGCUCCUGCCAGGGGGGCAGGGGGCACGGAGCCCCCCUCCCCCCCGCCGGAAGGCCCUCUCAGGCUGAAGGCGUCGAGGACAGACAUGCCAGCCCAAAUUUCCAUCGUGGGUCAGGUCUGGGAGGAUUCUGUGCUCACCGUCAAGUUCCCCAAGUUAAAGGUGCCCAGGUUCACCUUCCCGGCCCCCAGCGGCGAGGCCGACAUCUUCAUCCCCCCGGCCCUGCGAGAGGCGUGGUGCCCGGACGGCAGCCUGGAUCUGGCCCUGCGCAAGGAACACCCUGGGGUGUGGGGCGUGAGCAUCCUGCAGGCAGGCGCUGGGGUCCCCGGGCAGCAGCAGCCGGUGGCCCUGGACCUCCCCGCGGAGGCCGGCCCCAUUUCCAAGGUCAGAGUCCACAUCCAAGGCGCUCGGGUGGAGAGCCGGGAGGUGACCGUACACAGCAGGGUCCUCACAGAGUCUGCCGACGGGCCGGGCCCGCAGGCUUGCUCCACGCAGAUCGUGCGGGAGUCGGAGAUCCCGGCCUCCGAGGUCCAGACGCCGUCUUACGGGUUCUCCUUGCUCAAGGGGAAGGUCCCCCAGAGCCCCUUGCGGGCUCGGGUGCAGGUGGUCACGCAGGGCACCCACGCGGCUUCCGAAGGUGAAGGCGGGGCCCUGCAGCCCGACACAGAGACGUUUGAAAUCCUCUCUUCUGGCACCGACGCGGGUCCGCAGACGGCCACGUCGGAGUCGGAAGGGAGCUCCGGCCUCCGGCCUGCAGACAGCGGUUCCGACGAGGAGCCCGCGGAAAUCCUGGAGUUCCCCCCGGAAGAAGGCCGAGAGGGAGCCGGGGCUGCCAGCGAGAAGCCGGAAAGCAAGCGGUCCUCCGGGCGGUUCAGGUUUUGGCUUCCGAGCAUCGGGUUCUCCUCGGCGGCCCAGGACUCCAGCGCCGCAGCCCCGGCAGAGGAACCCACACCCGCUCCCGUCCAAACGCAGCCCGAGGCCCGCCCCGCGGCCGAGCUGCCCAAGAAGCCGGAGAAGGCGGGCUGGUUCCGAUUUCCCAAACUGGGCUUCUCCGCGGCCGCCAGCAAGAAGAGCGAGGGCGCCGGGGACGAGGCGGGCCUGGCCGAGGCCAAGCUCCCGGAAGAGGCGGUCACGUUUUUCGAUGCCCGAGAAAGCCUCUCCGCCGAGGACCCGGAGGAGCCCGCGGAGCCCGCGGGGGCGGCAGGCGCCUGGCCCGGCCCCAGCGCCGCGGAGACGCCCAGCGGGAAGGCCGGUGCCCAGCCCGCGCCCGGGCCCCAGGCCCAGUGAGGUCGCAGGCGCGGCUCUGCAGGGGACAGAGGUGCACGUGUCCGCCGCCGGCCGAAGCCGUGCGCCACCGCGGAGCCUGCGAAACACGGACCGACGCUGGAGGCACAGGGCCCCGCGGGCGGGGGGCUCUCGAAGGCGUGGCGGGGGUCUGAUCCAACGGGGACCGGCGCGCACCCCCUGCGGGGCCUGCUGGUGCGCACGUGGCCGUGGCCUUGGCGCGCGCGGCUGUGACCGCAUGGGCGUGGCCUCUGGUGGGCGUGGCCUCUGGUGGGCGUGGCCUCUGGUGGGCGUGGCCCUGCCCUGCUCUGCAACCCGGCUGCCCCAGCUUCCUCCUGCGGACAGAGUCCCCCGUGUUCCCGGGAGCCCCGCCGCCUGCUCGCACACACGUGUAACCAGCUCACUCCUUUGUUCACCGCCCCCCCCCCCCCCCGGCCUCGGGCGCUCCCUGCGGCGUGCGCAGCCCCGGCAGGAGGGCGGCGCCAGGUGCUGGCCGGGCCGCUCAGGGCGCUGUGGGGUGAGCCUGCUGGGCUGUGGGUGUGAGGGGACUGCCCCCCCCCAGCCCCUCGCCGUCCACCCGCUGUUCCCCGCCGGACAAUAAAGGAGGUGA